GUAAAUAUAUAUGAUAUAUAAACAAAAAAUAUCUAUAUAUCUAUGAAUUUAUAUGCGUAUCACUGUGAACCAAGAGAAGCAAGAGGAAAUUUCUAUCAUCAGGGCUGGUCUCUGAUUGUGUGGCGGUAUACAAUAUUUUAAAUAUUUCCUUUGAUCUUCAACGUCAAGAGGACAAAGACUACGUGCCCAUUUUGUAUUUUUGUUUUCCUGUCGCUGCUUCCCAUCCCUCUCAGUCCGUUUUUUUUUUUCUGCGUCCGGAAGGAAUAAACUGGAGAGUGACAGGAUUUGACGAAAAGGGAAAAUCUGUAGAAAUUCCUGUGAUUAGUGUUAUUUCCAUCGGCAUUAGCGCUCUGUGAGCCGAUCACAGCGUGCUGUGUGAGAUCUGAGGAGGCAGCAGAGACAGAGUGCCACGCCGCUCAUCUCAGCGUCAGCCCAGCCAGCACAGCCAGCAUGCACAAACACCACCACUGCUGCAAGUGCCCAGAAUGUUAUGAGGUGACCCGUAUGGCUGCCCUGCGUAGGAUGGACGCCCCGUCGUAUGGAGGAGACUGGCAGGCCGAGCCCUAUGGAUACCCACCUGGGUAUGGUGGAGGCCAGACCUUACCCCCUCCAGCCUCAGGGGGAGGUGGAAGCAUGGGAGGAGGAGGGGGCACUUUAGGGAGAAGUAAGGGCAAGGUUAUGUCUGGUGGGGGCCCUGGAGGCCCCAACCCAAAGGGCCAAUCCAAGGGUGGCCCCAAAGUAAAUGGCAACAACUCCAGUGGACAAGGAGGAUGGUGGCCCGAGUGCACCUGCACCAACCGGGAGUGGUAUGACCAGGCCAACCCUCCCCCCAUCAUUGUCAACGCAGACUCACUAGAUGCAGGCCCUUAUGUUAAUGGAAGUGAUGGGAUGUAUAAAUAUGAAGAGAUCAUUUUGGAGAGGGGGAACUCUGGUCUGGGCUUCAGCAUUGCUGGAGGAAUAGACAAUCCCCACAUUCCUGAUGAUCCAGGGAUCUUCAUCACCAAGAUCAUCCCAGGAGGAGCAGCUGCUAUGGAUGGGCGGCUGGGGGUUAACGACUGCGUGCUGCGUGUGAAUGAUGUCGAUGUGUCUGAGGUGGUUCACAGCCGGGCGGUGGAAGCCUUGAAAGAGGCAGGACCAGUGGUGAGGUUAUUGGUUCGACGGAGACAGGCCCCACCUGAGACUAUUCUGGAGGUCAACCUGCUGAAAGGGCCCAAAGGACUGGGAUUCAGCAUUGCUGGAGGGAUUGGGAAUCAACAUAUCCCAGGAGACAACAGCAUCUAUAUUACCAAGAUUAUAGAAGGUGGCGCUGCUCAAAAAGAUGGACGACUGCAAACCGGAGACCGGCUGCUCGCUGUGAACAACAUCGUGCUACAGGAUGUGCGUCAUGAGGAGGCAGUAGCUGCGCUGAAGAACACCUCCGAUAUGGUUUACCUCAAGGUGGCCAAGCCGGGACCUGUGCAUUUGAACGACAUGUAUGCCCCACCAGACUACUCCAGCAGCCUGGCCCUCCCUCCAGCCUUCCCCACCAUGGUGGACAACCACGUCAGCCACAACUACAUGGGGGGAAUGGAACCCAAGCCAGUGUACCCGCCACCCCAAGUCACCCCGUCCAGGUACUCGCCCGUUCCACGCCACAUGAUGGGGGAGGAAGACUUCACGAGAGAGCCAAGGAAGGUGGUGCUACACAAGGGCUCUACUGGUCUGGGCUUCAACAUUGUUGGCGGGGAGGAUGGAGAAGGGAUCUUCGUCUCCUUCAUCCUGGCUGGAGGCCCGGCUGACCUGAGCGGGGAGCUGAGGAGGGGCGACAGGAUUCUCUCAGUGAAUGGUGUGAAUCUAAGGAAUGCCACACAUGAGCAGGCAGCUGCAGCACUGAAGAGAGCUGGGCAGACCGUUACCAUCAUUGCUCAAUACAGGCCUGAAGAGUAUAGUCGCUUUGAGUCCAAGAUCCACGACCUGAGGGAGCAGAUGAUGAACAGCAGCAUGAGCUCAGGAUCAGGCUCCCUGCGCACUAGUGAGAAGCGCUCCCUAUAUGUCAGAGCUUUGUUUGACUACGAUCGAACGAGGGACAGCUGUCUGCCCAGCCAAGGCCUGAGCUUCUCUUAUGGGGAUAUCCUUCAUGUCAUAAACGCUUCUGAUGAUGAGUGGUGGCAGGCGAGGCUUGUCACACCUCACGGAGAGAGUGAGCAGAUUGGGGUCAUUCCAAGCAAGAAAAGAGUGGAGAAGAAGGAGCGGGCCAGGUUAAAAACAGUCAAGUUCCACGCCAGGACAGGCAUGAUUGAGUCUAACAGGCAGCCAGUCAAAGUAAAGCGCAAAAAAAGCUUCAACCUCUCACGCAAGUUCCCGUUUUACAAGAGCAAGGAGAAUAUUGUGCAGGAGUUGGUGGAGUCUGAACAAUGCCUGACAUCCAACACAAGUGACAGCGAAAGUAGUUCGAAGGGUCAGGAGGACACAAUUCUUUCCUAUGAGCCAGUCAUUCGACAGGAAAUCCACUACACAAGACCUGUGAUAAUUUUGGGCCCAAUGAAGGACAGAAUAAAUGAUGACCUCAUCUCUGAGUUCCCCCACAAGUUUGGCUCGUGUGUACCACGUGAGUUGACAACACUCGACACCUCUACACAGUACGCUAAACAAAAUAGCAGCAACAAAAAUAAACUUGUUCCAUUCACUUCUGCAGAUACAACUCGUCCUAGGCGAGAGAACGAGAUUGACGGCCAGGACUACCACUUUGUGGGCUCGAGAGAGCAAAUGGAGAAGGAUAUCCAGGAUAAUAAGUUUAUUGAAGCGGGCCAGUUCAACGAGAACCUCUAUGGGACAAGCAUCUUGUCUGUCAGAACUGUGGCUGAGAGGGGGAAACACUGCAUUCUGGAUGUUUCUGGGAAUGCCAUAAAACGACUGCAGCAAGCACAACUUUAUCCGAUUGCCAUCUUUAUCAAACCAAAAUCCAUUGAAGCCCUAAUGGAGAUGAAUAAGAGGCAGACAUAUGAGCAGGCCAAUAAAGUCUUUGACAAGGCAGUUAAACUGGAGCAAGACUUUGGGGAGUAUUUCACAGCUAUUGUACAGGGUGACUCACUAGAGGAGAUCUACAACAAAAUCAAGCUAAUCAUUGAGGAGCAGUCUGGGCCCUACAUCUGGAUCCCCUCCUCAGAGAAACUCUGAGCUUCCUGCCGUCCUCUCUGCAUCGGCACAGAGCUCCCCUCCUGCCUCCCAGAGACCCCACCCAAGCCCAAAUAGCCCCUCUCCUCACCUCCUUUUUGCAGAUAUGUUUCAUAUCAAGUUUUAGUGUCAUCAUUAUGUUACUCUCUAAAUGAAAAAGAAGUCUUAUCACCAUUACUGUGACUGUGCACACCCCUGCAUGAGUUUCUCAACAAAUCCAUUCAAGACUGGAAAUGCCAUUCCAAAGGAAUUUGACAACCGCAAACAAAAGGGAAAAGGAAUACAUCCUUUCGUGAACUGGGACUGACUGAAGAUCAGAAGGUUUUGCAGAAAUCUGGAGAGGAGUUGGGAUUCAAAAAGAAGUUUCAGGGGAUCAGAGACAAAUCAUACCAAGUUGGAACACUUUGUAAAUGUUCAUCAAAUCACAUUAUAAAAGACACGCAAGACAAGAAGUUGAAGACCAAUAAAGGGUUUUUUCUUUUUUUUUCUAAAAAAGACUGGAUAAAUCGAGCCCUGCUGAUGGUACUGUUCAAGGAGUCAUCUCUCUUGUUUAUAAUGACUGAGGAAAUUAGUAGAGGAGCCUACAAACUGAUCUAUUUAUCACAAACCAGCUUGCUGUUUGGUCAUCUGCCAGUUGUCUGUGCUGCAGCUGAUAAAGACAUCUUGGGAGGCAGAUCAAGAAGAAGUGCGUUGUGAAUCUCUACAUUUAUAUUAUGAAAUCACAAAAUAAAUGAUGAAAUCCUACUGAGAUUUUACUACAUAUUAAAAACUACACAUUUUACACUUCACUAGAAUUGUCAAUUUGGAGGGCUGUUAGUUCCUUUUUUGUUUUGUUUUUGUUUUUUUUUUUGUUUUUUCUUGUGGGAUUUUUUUUGCUUGUGGUUUUUAGCUGCUCUGUGUAAAGGACGGGGGUAGAGAAGUGUAACUGGGCUCUCUGCAAAACACCAAACUGCCUUACAUCAAAUACAAAUUCUGUUUUGUGACUACCUGUUGUCUGUGAGGGAGGCUGAACACAAUAAUGAGGAAAAUCUUUCCUAUUUGUGACCUCCAACUGUCAGGAGGCCUGACUUGAGUGCAAUAGAUUAAGAAAAGAAGGAAAAAAAAUUGCCUCUGUUGGCACUUUCCCUCCCCUGUAUUUCAACCCUCUUCCUUUAUAAUUAAAGAAGAAUUUGGCCAAUGGAUUGCAAUUUGGAUAACCAGAGCCUCCCAACUCAUGUUGAGCAGCAGAUCACCCUAUUACACUCUCUGCCUUCCCAGAGGAUUCUCUUCUGAUUGGUCACACGGUACUGUCGUAUCUGCCGCCAUGAUGGUGGCCUUAAAACGGGUAGAACAAGACAAUAAUUGUAUUGGAUGUCCUAAAUAUUAGAGUAACUAUAACCUGUUUUCGAUUGCCCCCCAUCCCCCUCCCCCGUCCACCAACCAAAAA